CCCUUCCCUCUCCCUCGCCAAAUACAGCAAGAACGAUAGAUAGAUGCUCCGCUCGGACGAUCGAACUAGGGGCGCCUUCCUAGAGACAGAGCGAGCAUCCGGAUGAUGUAACGCUGGACGACAUGCAGACUGCAUAUGCUCUGUGCUGGACAUCCCCGGCCUCAUGCUAGGCCUUCAAAACUGGUCACUGUGGCGGGGACAACAAACAUUCCACACGUCUUCUUUCAACCGCGAUAUUGCCCAGGUACUUCUCUUGAUACUUCUGAUAUACCCUUCGGGAUCUCGCCGCCUCGACGCUUCGCGGCUGACCCAUGGCGCCAGGCCAAGGGUGCCAUGUGCGUUCCUAUUAGCUGCUCCUCGAUCGCGGCGCUUAGAACCUCCUUCCCCCCUCCUCGUCUCCUCUCCCCUCCUCGUCUGCCUCUCCUCGCCAACGCCUUUCUCGACACGGGCCUCCCCCUCCAACAACGCACAACGGCUCGCUCGCUCGCACGCGCGUCAAGCCAUAACGGAGCCACCGGCCGACUAUGCGACCAUUGAUGACCCGAUUCCCGCGUCGCCCGCCCCAACUGCAACCCUCCUGCACCACCACAUCCCCCUCCACUCCCGUGACCGCCCUCACAGGCACAGCCAGCAGCACCACAGUUCCCCAUCCCCGCGGCCCCCACGGCCCCCACGACGCAUUCCAUGCCAGCAACAAUGCACGAGCGUGAUCUUUGUGAUACCACAACCUCCCCCUAGACACACCUCCACCGCCCUCCCUCCCCUCGCCCCCCCGACGCUUGCCCUCCCCAUCGCCCCGCUAACACACAAACAGCCCUCCUCCGACCGCCGCUGUUGGAACCACUUAAGCUUCACCCCCCCACGGACAUGCCCUCUGCAUCCCCGGCCUGCCCUAGGCCUCGCGGCUCGUGCCUGCGCGCGCUGUCCCUCCGCCCAACUGCGCGCUGCGCCAGCUGGCAGGCAAGCAAGUGCCGCUGCUGCCCUCGCCUGGGGCGCGCGGAAGCUCGCUUCCGCUAUCUCGCCCCCGCGCGCGAGUCUGGAAGGGUGAUACUAGGGGCCAUCCUAGGAGGUCGGCGUAAAGGGUUGUCCCGAAAGAGAAUCUCAGAGGGGCGUGGCGGUUGGAUUAUUGUCGUGCGUGCGUGUGCAUCGGCGCUGGUGAUCCUGCAGCCCACCGCGCCCCUUGACCGACUCGUUCGACGCGGUUGUUUGCCUGUUUGUCCAAGCGGACUAGCUAGGCUGAGGAAGGCAUGUCGUGUCUGGAGCUCUGCGCGCGGGGGAUCGCAUGAGCGGAGGGAGGGUGGCUCUGUCUCUGCGUCUGCGGCCGUCGUCACGCAGCAGCGGGACUUUUGCGAGAGGUAAGUUAGGUUCGGGCGCUGGGCGCGGAGAAUAUGCCUUGCGGAUAUUAAGGGUGUUGCAUACUCUAUUUCGUAGCCGGUGUUGGCGCUGAAAAGGGGUGUGGUCCGAGGUGAGGAUGGGAUGG